CAGUUCUAGUUGGGUUGAAUUUUUUAAUCGAUAUGGAUUAGAAAUUUAUAGAAAAAAAGGCAAUAAAGAGGAACUAUUUAUAAAAACUAUCUAGAUUAUAUUCCGAUUAUUAUCUAGUUUCGAUUCUUGCCCCAGUUAAUAGUAUACGUACAUCGGUGUUUGAAAGAAUGGCAAGUUUUAGUUAUAUCACAGAGCUUAGCCGGUAGUAGUUAGUUUCAGAAUAUUGGCGGUAGUGACUGAAAAUCUGCAAUAACCGUGAAGUUUUCCGUGAAAUAGAUUUCUGUGAUCGUAAGUGGGUUAGCAAUGGAAGACACAGUAAAAGCCCCGCUUUUAGUGGAAGUAACUGUGAAACCUGAACCUAUGGACGUCGAGGAACCAGAAGAUAGUGAAAAUAGCGGAAAAAAACAAUCUACUACAGUCAAAGAUGAAGAAGUAUGGAUAAAACCAGAGCCAACUGAGAUUGAACCUCAAAAUUCUGAUGAGAAAGAGGAUCAGGAGGCAGAAUCUGAAUCUGACAGCAGUUCUGACGAAGAUGAGGACAAGAAUGAGACCAAAGAUCUGAAGUCAAAAUCUCCGAAAAAGUCACUGAAGAAGAAAUUGCAUGAAGAAGUCAAAUUGGAGAAUGAUGUCAAGGAAGAAGAUGGGAAGUCCUCUGAGAAAACGGACAAUAAGGAUGAAAAGAAAGCCACUGAAAAUAGCGAUGAGAAACAAGCGGAUAAUACUCAGCCUAAGAUGGAAACCCCCCUAAUGUACUCCUACGAGGUGACAAAAAACAUAGAAAUAGUGACAAUCAACGAGGAGGAACGGCAGAAGGAAUACGAGGAGACGCUGAAGACUCGUCAGCAUAUGCGGCACGUGUGCGAACACUGCGCCGUCGGCUUCGUGCUCAAGCAUGCCUAUGAUGUGCAUAUGAAGGUGCAUUCCCCUGCUUCAGGCGACCACGAAUGCCUAAUCUGCCACUCCCGUCUGAAAACAGCGGACAUGUUAUACCGUCACCGCCUACGUCACUACCGGCGGUACCGCUGUCUACUGUGCUGGACGCGGUUCAAGGACAAAGAUACGGCCGCGUGCCAUGUCAUGAACGAUCAUACGGGGGAGACUUUCGAGUGUGAUCAUUGUGGACGCGGGUUUAAACGUCCUCAAUACCUAAAGCGGCACGUGGAACAGUACCACACGAAGCCGCAUCGGCUUGUAUGCGGCGUCUGCUUCCGAGUGUUCCACGAGCGAGGCUGGUACAGGUCUCAUAUCAGAACACACAAUGAAGAAGUGAGAGCCAAAACGGUGAGACUCCCCGCUACCUGCGAGAUCUGCUCCCGUGACUACAAGAACAAAGCCAGCCUGAAACGUCAUUUGCUCACUCACGACGAAGACGUACAUUGUGACAUCUGUUACGAGAAGUGUAAGAAUAGGAUUACUUUGGGCAGGCAUUAUUUGAAGGUGCAUAAUGAGAAGUAUGUUGGCACGGACGAGGAGACGUGUCCGCUGUGCUCGCGCGUGUGCGCGACGCGUGCCAUGCUCAAGCGUCACGUGCAGCGCAUGCACGAAGACAGGACCAAGAAGUACCAAUGCGACUACUGCCAGCGCCUAUACCUGACCAAAGGCGAGGUCCGGUCUCACAUCACGUGGUCUCACAUGCCGGGCUCGCGCGGCCAUACGUGCGCGUGUGGCCGGGUGUUCCGCACCCCCUCGCUGCUUCGCGACCAUACGGCGAGGUUCCACGCGGCUGAACCGCCUCCCAGGGUGCAUCAGUGUGAUGUCUGUGAAAAGGCGUUUGCGAACAAGCAAGUUCUAAACCGCCACAAGAAAAGCCAUUCAAACGAGAUGUAUCCUUGCAACGAAUGUGGACUACUCUUCAAAACUCAGCCUUACGUAAAGGUGCAUUACCAACUCAAACAUCUGAACAUGACUCGAGCCGAAAUCAACGCCCAAAGAAAAGCGAACAGAAACAAACCUAUACACACUAACAUACAUAAAACCACGAAUUGGGAACCGCCCAUUUCGAAAAAGAAGAGUACAACUGCAGUUGAGAAGGCAGAAGAUCCCCUUUUGGUAAAAGAAAGUGAAAUUCAGAUUAAAGUUGAGAGGGAAGAUGAGCUUCAAGUCCCAACCUUCCAGACUUUUGUUGAUAUUUCUCGGAAUAACGAUUGAGCCAAAGUUUUUAGUAGAUAAUAACUUAAUAAGAGUAGAUUUGCCUGCGCUUGGAGAAACCCAGUGCAUAAAUUACAGAUUUCUUUAAACUGUAAUAUUUUAAUUUAGUUUGUCAUAAAAAUAAGAAUGAAAACCGUCAGCCAACCUUACCUUCAAAUCUCCUUGAAACUAACAGCCUUUGUGUGACUGCUGUGCAUGAGGUCUCAGGUUCGAUUCCUGGGUCUUGCCUAAAUCGCUUUGUGGAUCUUAGAAACUUUCACAAAGUCCAGAGUCUGGAAGUUGUGUCACACCCUCGUGCCUUGGAGGGCAAGUGGCGCCGGCGUCCCCGAAUGCUACUCAGUAGCAGUCGUUACAAUUCCACGUCAGAGGCCGUCAGGUGGAUUUGAGAUAACUCUGACUCUAGGGCUUUUUAAGGGAUUAAACUUACAGCUUACUCGAUAAUAAGACCGUAAAACUAACGGAAUAGUCAAAGGCAUUUAACUAGCUAGUUUUCAACAUAACCUAUUAUAAAAUUACCCUCCGCACGAAACCAAUCUAAGCAAUACUUUAUGUCAAACAUCCAUAGAUUAUAUUGUCUCUGACAUCAAGAUCAGAACUUGUUAUUAUAUUUUUGUUAUGUUGUACAAUAAAUUUAAUUAUAAUAAAAAUAGAAGCAGGGUGAUAAAUACCAUCUUCUGUUUAUAAGAAGCUACGUAAGCCGAUGAAAUAGCCAGAAACUCUCCAGGGUAGAUUUUAGAAGCUUUAUAGUAAUAGCUAAUUUUUAAACUUAGGUAUACUCCAUUUGGGGAAGCACCUAAAAAAAAAGUAAACAAUCUUGAUAAAUUUUACACAAAUACACAUUAAAGGUCUC